AUGGGUUCUGUGUACAUCCCUCCGAUCCGCCUCGCGAUCCUUGAAGCCGACAACCCAGUUCCUGGAAUCAAAGCUAAAUACGGGUCGUACGGCGGGGUCUUCAAAUAUCUUUUUCAGAGGGCGUGUGCAUCUCUAGAGCCACCCCAACCCCUCUCUGCCAUACUCGAGCUCUCGUCUCACGACAUUGUAAAUCACCCUGACUCGUACCCGGAUCCCGAGACGAUCGACGCCAUCCUCAUCAGCGGCUCUAAGUACUCCGCAUAUGACAAUGACGAUUGGAUCGUCCGCCUCACUCAGUAUACGAGGCGGUGUCUCGAAGGCGGCCGCGUCCGAGUUAUCGGCGUCUGCUUCGGUCACCAGAUAGUUGGCCGUGCCCUUGGGGUUGAGGUCGGCAAAAAUGUUCGCGGAUGGGAGAUAAGCGUCACAGACCACGACCUCACAGAAGAGGGUAAGAAGCUGUUCGGCGUACAGAAGCUGGCAAUCCACCAAAUGCACCGUGAUCAGGUGUUCUCGUUACCCCCAGGCGCCAUCCAGCUGGCCCGCACAGACGUGUGCGAUGUGCAGGCCAUGUAUAUCCCGAAGCGAUUUAUCACGGUGCAGGGCCAUCCCGAGUUCACCGACGAUAUGGUGCGUGAGAUCCUCGAGAUGCGCCGAUAUGGUGGCAUUCUGGGCCCGGACAUCUUCGAGGACGGCAUGCGUCGUGUUAGUAAUAAACACGAUGGCAUCGCUGUUGCUAGGGCUUUCCUGCGUUUCUUACGACAGUAA